UAACCACGUGUUUGUGGUCACUAGCUACAACCUCCUGGGGACCAUCAGGUCCAGGCUCGCCUUUGAGACAUGCGAAGAAAACCCACCAGAGCCACCUGUUGUGUGCCGUGACAACCCCCCUUGACAUUUCCUUUGUUAUUGACGCUUCGUCAAGUAUUGGCGACAUCAAUUUCACCCUUGGGAUGGACUUCGUGAAGAGCAUCGUCACGACCUUUGAUGUUUCACCCCAGCGAGCAAGAUUCUCAGUCAUCACCUACGGUCGCGGCACCUAUGAUGACACUGCCUUUGGCCUCGACGCCUACACCGACGAGGUUGACGUCGUGAACGCCAUCACGAACAUCCCCUACACUGCUGGCGACUACACCGACACAGGUCUAGGUAUAAAGUUCAUGCGAGAGAAACAGAUGCUGCCCAAACAACGCGCCCAUGCAGCUCACAUCGCCAUCGUGAUGACCGACGGGCAGUCUCAGAACUCUGCAAAAACUCAGAAGGAAGCGGCUAAAUCAAGAGACGCUGGUAUCAACAUGUUUGCAGUCGGUGUUGGCCUCACCCUCUCACAGAAGGAGCUUCUAGACAUUGCGGGCGACCAGGACAGGGUGUACACGGUCGAUGACUACAAGGCAUGUACAAUUGUAAUUAUGAACAAAAGGUGCCUGCACUAUGAGGAGAUCUCCAUGCCACGGCUUACAGAAAAUCAGCGUCUCCGUGCCGUGGGUAUGCUUGAGACUGGAAUGGCCAAAAAUGAAGUGGCCAGGCAUUUUUGGGUCCAUUGA